AUGCAUCCCCUCGUCCCCCUGCUCCUCUUCGCCCUCCUCUCCCUCAUCCUCGCCGAGGAUGCCGCCCCUUCCGCCCCUGCCACCCCUUCCGCCCCUGCCACCCCUGCCGCUCCUGACAGCCCCGACCGCCGCCUCCUCUUCGUCGCGGAGCUGUGCCGCCACGGCGACCGCACGCCCCUCGAGCACUUCCCCUCCGAUGCGCUGCCGGCCCCACAAUGGCCGCGGGGGAUCGGCCAGCUGACGUCCAUCGGCCAGCACGCGCACUACGAGCUUGGCGGCCGUCUCCGCGAGCGCUACGUCGCCACAGGCUUCCUCCCCGCCACGUACAACCGCGCCCAGCUGCACGUGCGCAGCACGGACAUCGACCGCACGCUGAUGAGCGCCCAGUCCCAGCUGUCCGGGCUCUACCCACCCGGCAGCGCGACGCUCGACGACGUGCGCACGCGCUUCGACGCCGCGCCACUGUCUGACGACCAGGGCGGGCUGCCGUAUCGCUUUCAGCCCGUGCCCGUGCACACGGAGGCGAAGAAGACCGACGUGCUUCUGCUGCCCGGCAAUUUCUGCCCGAGACACGAUGUCAUCAUGGAGGAGAAGAAGCGCGCCUCUGCGUACACGGACCUCGUCAGGCGCGAGGCCCCCUUCCUGAAGGAGGCCGCCAGCAUCGCCGGCGUCGAUCAUGAGCAGCUCACGUUGUUUGAGCUGGAGAAGCUGCACGAUACGUGGCGCUGCUUCCGUGCGCACAGCGUGCCGCUGCCGAAGAACGCCACCGCGAGCGUCGUAGAGAGGGCGAGGAAGCUAUCGGACUGGUUGUUGACGUACGGCAAUCAGGGCAGGGAGGUGCAGAGGCUGCGCGCGGGCUUGAUUCUAUACAACGUGUUGCGUUACAUGGGCGCGGCGUACUUGAACGACACAGACAAGCUGCCGGAGGAGUUUGAAGAAGACGCGAACAGGUUUGUCCUGUUCAGCGCCCACGAUACCACCGUCGCUGCCACGCUGUCCGCGUUGCGCGCCUUCGACAACAAGAACCCGCCGUAUAACUCCACCAUCAUCUGGGAGCUUUUCGAAGAGCGCAACGCCUCUCUCACUGUCCGAAUCGAGUACAACGGCCGCGCCCUCGUCUUGCCGGGCUGCACGGCCGAAUUCUGCCCCAUCGAGGAAUACAUCGAGUCCACGAGGGACCGCACCGUCCACGGACAGAGCGCCAGGGGAGCCGAAUGCACUAUUGGCUGGCGCCGCAGCAUGGCUAUGGCUUCCAUCUGGUUGUCUCCGAAGAAUCUGGAUCCCCUCGUCGACGCCCUCAACCCCACGCACGUCCGUAAGCAGGGGGCUACGCAAAUAUUCGCCGUUGUGGCGGGAGUUGUCGCGCUCGUUGUCGCCAUUAUCGGUAUUUGCGGUUUUGUGCGCUUGCAACAGCGCUACAAAGGGUACGCGCCGACAGAGGCUGACCCCAAGUUCGAUGAGUACAGCAUCAACCACCCGACCGUCACUGAUCAGCGUAUCCUCAUGUAG